AUUCCACAGUCAUGAUGUGAGGUGGUUUGUCUUUCUCCAGGGAGAAACAGUCACUCAACACCGGUAUAUCUACAAACUUCAGAAAUGUUCCGAAUCAACAACACCCAAUAUUUCCACUUCCUGCAGCAGGCGGACGCCUUGCGUCGCUCAGGGUCACUCUGCGAUGCCAUCAUCUCGGUGAAGAGUCACACGUUCAGGGCUCAUCGCCUGGUGCUGGCCUGUGCGAGCAGGAGACUAGCGCAACAGCUGGCCCAGGCCGACACGGACAGCCCAGUCCACUGUACCCUGGAGUAUUUCUCCCCACGCACGUUCCAGCAGGUCCUGGACUUCACCUACACCCAGGCUGUAGAGGUGUCCGUGGAGGACCUGUACCUGCUGCUGAGGGCCGCCCAGCUGCUGGAGAUGCGGCCGCUGGAGGACCAGUGCCGGAAACAGUUGGACACCCUUGACCACAGAGCCAGGAGAGAGGAAGAGAGAGGAGAGACCAAAGAAGAUGUCAAAGAAGAAACAGAGGGUGCAAAGGACAUGGCUGUCAAGAGAAAGGGAAGUCCGGUUCAAGAGGAGAAACUCCCAGAGUCUCCCUCAACAGCGGAGAAAACAAGCAACAGCAUUGUCACAGAGAAUCAUUCACCCCCUGAAUCUGCUGAGAACCACAGCAGAUCCCCAUCCUCAAGAAAGAGGCCGAGACUGUCCCCUCUGUCACCAGCACACCACAACAGUGUUAUCACCAGCUCCAGCUCCAGCUCCUCCUCCUCCUCCUCCUCCUCCUCCUCCUCCUCCUCCUCCUCCUCCUCCUCCUCCUCCUCCUCCUCCUCUCCCUGGGCCUUCCCUGCAAACAUGUGGAACUCUGUGAGCACCCUGAGGAAGAUAGCAGAGAACUACUCAAACUUCUUUGGUGCACAGUCCCCUCAUCAUUCUCCAGUAGCAUACCCAUUCUCCCUCUCUGCUCCCCACAUGUUCCCACUGCUGAGCCCCCACUUUCAAAGCCGAGUCCACCACUCUGUGAUGGGCCACUCCGGCCUUUAUCCCCACUGUGCACAGAACCUCUACACUGGCUCCACAGGGAUGGGCAGCAUCAUCAAGCAAGGCCUGCUGAAAGCCAAGAAGUCCAGCCAGAGAGCGUUUCACGGGGCCGUGCAGAGCGUCGAGCCGAGUUUCCCUGAAGUGCCCAAAGACAGAGCGGAGAGAGCAACAGACUGCAGGGAGUGCAAGACACGUGACCCUGGUGAUCCAGCGCAGCAGGAGUCAGCCUCCUCUGCAACAGGUGAGGCCUGUGCAGGGUGUCACUUCUGUGGAAGAAGAGAUGUUGUGCAACGCGAGCCGCCGUCCAAUCAGCUAGAGCGACAAUCAACCAGUGGAGACAAACCCUACCAGUGCAAACACUGCCCCAAAAAGUUCAGUCUGAAACAUCAACUGGACACACACCACCGAGUUCACACCGGGGAGAAGCCCUUCGAAUGUCGUCUUUGUGGUCAGCGCUCACGAGACUACUCAGCCAUGAUCAAGCACCUGAGAACUCACGGCGGGGCUGCGCCCUACCAGUGCACGGUGUGCCUGGAGUUCUGCAGCAGCCUGGUCGCCAUGCACAGACAUGUCAAGAGCCACACAGUGCAUGACUUCCCCCCUGACUGGAACAUCAACAGCACUUACCUGUACACCUCCCACAUCUGAGCCACACCCCACAGACACCUCCAUCUGCACAAAGUUCUCAUAAAGUGUGGCCUUAGUUUGUGGCUCUCGUGUAGCAUCAAUUUAUUUGAGUCACGGAGAUAAGGAUCAGUUAAACUGGAUCAACUCAUGAUGUUGUGUGAGAAUGUCCUUUAACACCACUGACCACAGCUCUGAGGUCACAAUGCAUGAGGGCCACAAACCAGGGCUUUACUGUAGCAGUAAUCUCUCCAUGCACGUUUCAACAGGAGCACACAGAGUUUACUAUUUCACUUUAGGUCAUGUUUGUGCAUUAAAGCCACAUAAACAGCUCGUAUUCAUCCAAUGUCAGGGACGUCUUCCCUUUACUUUCACAAUCACUGGACCAGUUGAGUUAGCUGGAUAAAUUAAAUCCAGGUGGAUAGCGCCCUCAUGGGGGGAACAACUGUAACAACCUUUUUUAUGUUCUGCAGCAUUGCUCUACAGCAGCAUGUCAAAAAGGGACCAGUGGCUGAGAUGCCACAUUUGCAGCAGGAAAAAAAAAAACGAUUUACUAAUAUUUGCAGGACAUUUCAUGCAAGAUUCACCUAAUUGCUUACCUAAUGUGAUAUUAACAUUAUCUCAUUCUAUGUAUUUAGUCCAUCCUUCAAAGACAUAAAUUUAUUCUAGCCCUUUGAAUGAUGAGUGCCGAGAAGACGGCUGUGAGCCUCGACACUGUUUGUGUUACCAAAGUCAGUCAAAUUCCACACAGUGAUUUGCUGUAUUUAACACAGGAAAUACAGAAGGUUGUGUGUGAGGUCGUUCAUAUGGGGCGAUAUGAAAUAAAUGAGCUUCUUUAGCGACAAGGAUUAGUUCAGUUUUUUUCUCUGCAUGAUCAUUCACCGCCUUCAUUUGUCCUCACACACAUGGAUAUACAGUACUGUGUGUCUCAAACGUAAAGUUAGUUACUCUAACUGUCAUACCUCUGUAGUCCACUGAAGAGUUUUUGCUGGUUUCAUGCGUGUGAGAUAGAAGAUAAAUAUGUUAAUGUGUCAACAUCUUUCAUUUAUAGGUUUAAAUUAUUUAAAAUGAAAA